ACGUUCAACAGCGGUUCAAGCAGUAGUUGCUGCAGUUUCUUAGCUGUCGAGUUACAUACAGCUGUCCGGUUUUGAAUAAUCAAUUUUAACAAUGACUGGUCGUGGUAAAGGUGGAAAAGGAUUAGGCAAAGGCGGCGCAAAACGUCACCGAAAAGUGUUACGUGAUAAUAUCCAAGGUAUAACAAAGCCUGCAAUCAGGAGAUUGGCAAGACGUGGCGGAGUUAAGAGAAUUUCCGGUUUGAUUUACGAAGAAACUCGAGGAGUGCUGAAGGUAUUUCUUGAGAAUGUCAUUAGAGAUGCUGUAACCUACACCGAGCAUGCUAAAAGGAAAACUGUUACAGCAAUGGAUGUCGUUUAUGCCUUGAAACGACAAGGACGUACAUUGUAUGGAUUUGGUGGUUAAGCUGCAUGAAUCUUAAUCUGCAUUCGACAUUUUAUAAUCAAUUGAAAUACACUAGUUCCGAAUAAAGAAACAGCCAAAGGAAUUCAUUACCAAUUGACAGCCAUUACAAAAAAAAACGGUUCUUUUCAGAACCACAAAA